CAGGCUAUUGUCCGCUGCUAGGACGAGCGUAGAUUUAGGAGCAUGACCGGCGCCCGAUGUCAGAAUUGGACAAUCUUUGCUUCAUUCCGCUCAUCAUCCUUUGGGUCGCUCCAUUUGUGGCGCUCAUGCUUUCCGUUGCUCCCUUCUUGACAUCUCCUCUGCCGAUCAUGGGCGUUUUGCUUCCCAUCCUCGGCUUCGCUGUCAGUGCCGUGCUGUACCUACUCCCCAGGGCAGCAAGAGCAGGCUCUUCGCGCGUGGCUCCCGAAGGCUACGCCAAAACCCAUGGGACCCAGGCGCCGUCCAACAGCCUUGAGGUAGAAAGCUGCAGCGACAUCUCCGAUGCCUCGUUCCUCAGAAGAUGACACGGCAGUGCCCUCAUAGUUCGGGAGCUCAGUAGCUAUGCACGUCUUUCUGCCGGACGUUUGACCCGGAGACUGGUAUGUAUUUCAAUCUUAGGCAUCUCCACCUCUGCCUCCCGAACAAAUGCCUGGCAGGUGCUUGAGGAUGAAUUCGCACGCGCUUUCACUGCAUCCAACAAGAGCGUCUGGUAUUCUUAUCCACGCUGCGGAAACGCACCGUGCACGUUUCACCUUGCAGCUUCGAGGGGCUGCAG